AUGUCGACCACCAUUCCUAAUCUCGAGGAAAUGGACAUGGUUCCCGGGACUUUUCUACUCAUUCGCGAUGAUGGGGAAUAUGAAGGGCAUCAUGAAAGAACAAUUAUGCUGCAUCCAGUGCCUUCGGAUGAUCCAAACGAGCCUUUGAACUGGAGUACCGCCCGCAAAGCGAUUAAUUUCACAUUGGUGCUAGCGGUCACUUGUCUUAUCUUUACUGCUCUUUCUAUUCAAGCAAUUUUCUGGCAAUUGAUGGUCGUCGAUCUAGGAGUUACGUACACACAACUAAACUGGGCAAUGUCGGUCAAUUUUGUCGGUCUCUCGAUGGGCUGCGUCCUGUUCAUCCCACUGGCUAGAAAAUUUGGAAGACGGCCUAUUUAUCUGUUCUCGACGGCUCUAAUGCUGGUUACUUCAGUCUGGCUUGGCCAGAUCAAGAGUUUAAGCGAGCUCUAUGCGGCAAAUCUCCUCCAAGGUUUGGCUGGUGCCACGAAUGAAUCUAUUGUGCAAAUCACUAUUGCGGAUCUUUUCUUUGUGCAUCAUCGUGGAAGAGCGAAUGGUCUGUACAUGACCAUGGUGAUGAUCGGUAGUUUCCUAACGCCCAUGGCGGCCGGAACUCAGGCAGUGAAUCAAGGUUGGAGAUGGUCCUACCGCACAUUAUCCAUUUUUAAUGCUGUUCUAUUUGUAUUCUUUGCUAUCGCAUAUGAGGAAACGAAGUACUCCAAGAUUGUCGACGGUAUUGAAACCCCCAGCGAAACUAUCGACAAUGGAAUGCCAUCAGGCCAGGACGUUCUUAAGGGCAACCCAGGCAACGAUUCAAAAGUCAUGACGAGCGAACAUCAAAUGGCACUCGGCCCAUCAACAAACGAUCGUGAAUUGAACUAUACUCGAUACACCAUGAACCCAUGGAGGACAAGGCUAGCACUCGUGCUAGCAGAAGUCUUCCCAUUGCCUCCGUAUGAGUUCAAUUCAGCGCAAAUCGGCUAUCUGAGCGUUGGGCCGUUCAUUGGAAACUUAAUUGGAGCUUUUUACGGUGGCUAUAUUGGUGACAAAUCCAUCCUGUUCUUCGCACGACGAAAUAAAGGGUAUUUCGAGCCCGAGAUGCGGCUUUACAACCUGCACUUCCCGGCCGUGUGUCUGUGUGGUGGCUUGAUUAUGUUUGGAGUAACGAUUGCUCGUGGCAUGCACUGGAUUCUCCCCGUGGUUGGCGGCGGGUUCUUCGGAUUUGGUCUCGGGAGUAUCAGCGACGCAGCUUUGACCUUGGUAAUUGACAGUUACCCUGAUAUUGUCGGUGAUGCAUUUACCGGCAUUGCCUUCCUCCGAAAUGCUAUCAGUAUCGGGAUCCCUUUCGCGAUCACACCAUGGAUGGUACGCGAUGGAUUAUCGAAUAUGUUCAUUGCCUGUGGAUUCAUCAGUCUGGCGAUAAGUGGCCUGUGCAUUCCCAUGGUCUUCUGGGGCAAGGAUUCUCGACGAAAACUAACUCCACUCUAUCGAGCAAUGGGGGGAAAAGAAAUCUGA